CGCUUGUCCCAUUCCCUAACCGUCUCCCUAUAGCACAAGCAAAGUUAGUUGUUUCUUUUUGUGGGUUUUAAGAAUCCUUUGUUCUUAUUUCAUAUAUAGCAUUUAUUUCAUUUUAUAUUAUUACUUGUUAUAUAGUUGGCAGCAGUAUUUGCUGAGGAAGAGGAAUGGUUCAGAGAUGGCAAUUGUGUUCUUUUAUUUUGAAAAUUUGGCCAACUAGGAACACCUUUAAUGUCUUCUGAUUUUGUUCUUAAAAUUCAGCCAAAAGCUUAAUCUAUAAAUGUAUUUUCUGUAGGAGAAAAUAUGGAGAAGGCUUGUGCAACCAAGGAAGAAGUCAAAGAAGUCAGUAUUGAAGAUAAAGGUGUUGAUGUAGAUCCAGAAAAACUGGAAAUGGAGAGUAAACAUCAUAGAAAUUUGCUAUUUCAAGAUUGUGAAAAAGAGCAAGAGAACAAAACAAAAGAUCCAACCCAUGAUGUUAAAACCCCCAAUACAGAAACGAGGACCAGUUGCUUAAUUAAAUAUAAUGUGUCUAGUACGCCAUACUUGCAAAGUGUGAAAAAGAAGGUGCAGUUUGAUGAAACAAAUUCCGCAUUUAAAGAGCUGAAGUUUUUAACACCAGUGAGACGUUCUCGACGUCUUCAAGAGAAAACUUCUAAAUUGCCAGAUAUGUUAAAAGAUCAUUAUCCUUGUGUGUCUUCAUUGGAACAGCUAACGGAGUUGGGAAGAGAAACCGAUGCUUUUGUAUGCCGCCCUAAUGCAGCACUGUGCCGAGUGUACUAUGAGGCUGAUACACCAUAACAGAAAUAAAGCUCUGAUAGGGAACGGG